AUGGAAUCCUUGACAGUGGGAUGUCCAGGGCAUAUCGUUGAUAAGGUAGGGGAUGGAGCGAUCCUGCUGAAGGAGGUUAAUUCAAGCAACACUAACCCUCAGGAGAAUGAUCUAUUCCACGAGGAUGCCCAGGGGUCUCAGCAGUCCAGUCAGCCGUGGUGGAGAAUCAAACUUUUUGUGUGGGAGCCGGUGCUCUUUGGUACCUGGGAUGGAGUCUUCACCACGUGCAUGAUUAACAUCUUUGGUGUGGUUUUGUUCCUGCGUACUGGCUUUUUAGUGGGCAACACAGGUGUGCUGGUCGGUAUGCUCCUUGUCUCUAUGGUGGUACUGUUUGCAUUGGUCACAGUGAUGUCUGGGAUUGGCGUGUGUGAAUUCUGUGGGGUGGGAAGUGGAGGCGUGUACUCCAUGAUCUCCACAGUCCUUGGAGGCAGGUUGGGAGGCAGCGUGGGCCUUCUGUAUGUGUUUGGACAGUGUGUCGCCGGUGCCAUGUACAUAACAGGCUUUUCUGAGUCUGUAGCACAGCUACUGGCUCUUAAGAGCCAAUGGGCGGUGCGAGGCAUGUCCGCUGGAGUGCUGUUUGCCCUGCUUGGAAUCAACCUGGCAGGUGUCAAGUGGAUUGUGAGACUCCAGCUGCUGUUACUGGCGGUGUUGGCUGUCUCCACGCUUGACUUUGUCAUCGGUACUUUUACACAUCUUGACCCAGCGCAUGGUUUCACUGGUUAUUCAUUUGGUCUGCUCAGCCGCAACACGCUGCCUGAUUACAGCCCAGGAGAAAAUUUCUUCACGGUAUUUGGGGUCUUCUUCCCUGCUGCUACAGGUGUUAUGUCAGGCUUCAACAUGAGCCCAGACCUGCAGCGAGCAGAACACAACAUCCCUGUGGGAACACUGGCGGCUGUCUUUACCUCGUGGUUCCUGUAUCUGGUCUUUGUCUUCCUCCUCGGGGCCAUAUGCAGCAGAGAAGCUCUACGCUAUGACUUCUUGAUAGCAGAAAAGGUCUCCUUGGUGGGUUUCCUGUUUCUGCUCGGCCUUUAUGUCUCCUCCCUGGCUUCCUGCAUGGGCGGCCUAUACGGAGCACCCAGGAUCCUACAGUGCAUCGCCCAAGAGAAGGUCAUUCCUGCACUGGCCUUUCUUGGAAGAGGGAAAGGCCCAAACAAGACUCCUGUUGCUGCCAUCUGUCUGACCUGCCUGCUAUGCAUGGCCUUUGUUUUCAUCGGCCAGGUCAAUGUACUGGCACCCAUCGUGACCAUCAACUUCAUGCUCACCUAUAGCUUUAUUGACUACUCCUACUUCUGCGUGUUCAUGACAUUCCAGUUGAAGGAAAAGGAAAAAACCAACCUAGCUGUAGGAAGUCAGCAAAGAUCCACCAGACAGCUUUUAAUUGAGACCGCUGCUCCCGAUUAUGGAAGCGGAGGAGAGAGUCCACAGGGGAAAGGUACUUUGAUCGAGUUCACCAAGGACAUGGAUCGGAUCUUUCCCUCUUCCUCCAAUGGAGUUGCUGGACCUGAAAUGGCCUUACAAGGAAGGAGCAGGGGCAAAGAGGCCAAACAAAAGCUGAUGGACAGUUUUGGCUUGGACUUGAACAAGAAUGCGUUUGAAGAUGAGCAAGAUCUGCCUCAAGAAUUGCCAAAGGUGGGGCAAACGGAAACUUGUCGUGUUGAACAAGAUUCAUCUUCUAGGCCUUGUAGCUCAGGUGCUCCACGCUGUUCAGCCAUUGGAAGUAAAGCACAACAGCAGAACUUAGAAAUCAAAACCCAUCCUGACUCAAUCUAUGCUAAGUUUAGGAACCAUUGGAUGGCUCUUAUCGGUGCUUUGAGCUCCCUGUUGAUUAUGUUUGUUAUUCAGUGGGUUUACGCACUAGCAAAUAUAGUUGUUGCCCUGCUGCUCUUCUUCUACAUUGGUAAAUCCAGCCCUGGACUACACAAAGGUGUUGCGGCUCGAUUCAGUUUUAUCGCAUGGCUCAAAUCAACGUCAAACAGCGUUUGCAGGAGGAGCGCUCCAAGAGAUGAAAUCGUAGUGACACUGCCUCUGUCGGUGGUUGGUCUUAAAACUAAGCAGCUGACGGAGGAAAAUGCCGACUUUGCAUCUCGCAACCGCUACCAUCAGUCCUCGUUCAUCAAGAGGGAUGAGGUGGUACGACAGUCACAUGAGUAA